AUGGGUCGACCGUCAUUUGCUGACACAAAAUUGAGCAUCAGUGAUACAUUUGAGAUUGAGGUAGCUCAGUCAUUACCUGAACAAGAAUUGGAAAAGUUUCGCCAACAAUGCAAAAUAAAACGUGGUGGUCAAUCGAUUGUUCGAUUACAAGAUUUGGGUCAAACAUUGAGAAAGGUGGGACAAAAUCCAACCAAUGCUGAUAUUCGAGCGAUGGAAGAUAAAGCACAAAAAAUAUAUCAGACCGAUGAAUAUUACAUGGAAGAAAUUGAAAAAAUAAUUGCACCGUAUUGGGAGAAUUUAUCAGAUGAAGAAAUUGGACAAUUAUUGAUCGAAGCAUUUGAAUCGUUUGAUAUUGAAUUUAAAGACUGGAUUGAAAAACGAUAUCUGGCGGGAGUGCUAACUGCACUGGGUAAUGAUUCACAGACAAUGACAUCAAAAGAUUUAAAAAUCAUGUUUUCCUUCGUCGAUGAUGGAAAAACAACGCAAUUUAACUACAGAGAGUUUGUUACAACCUUAUGUGGAUUGAAUACCGGUGAUCAGGCAAAGGACACGGUUGUCAAGAAGAAGGAUAAAAAAAGAGUCAAAGAGAGUACGAUUGCUAAGAAAAACAAAGUAUUGUUUGGUGGAAAAGGAGGACGAGAAAUUAAAGUAAAAUCAACAAAAGGCACAAAAUAUCGGACAUCAUUCAAAACCGCUAUGAUUCAACAUAUAACAACCACAGAUGAAUUAAAAUUCAUACGAGAUAAUAAAGAAAAAAAUCAUGGAAAAUUAAUUGUUUUAAACUUCGAAGCAGAAUGGAGUCAACCAUGUAAACAAAUUGGACCAAAAAUUGAUGACUGGAGCGUUGAUUAUUUUAAAGAUCAUGUUGUUUUUCUCAAAUGUGAUAUUGGACAAGCAAAACUCGUUGCAGAAGAAUACAAAAUCAAUUCAUUGCCAACAUUUAUUCUGUUUAAAGAUGGAAAAAUAUGCGGCAGAGUGAUAGGAGCAAAUGUUAAACAAUUGAAAAAAACAAUUGAAGAACAAAUAGGAGGAAAACCGAGAGCAAAAAUAAAGUUAAAACUCACAGAAGUUGAAAAACAAAAGGAAAAUAAUAUUGCAAUCGAAAGUGCAGCGAUGAAAUUUAAUGGAGCAGUGCUCGCUAAUAUUGAGAACGAGAAAGAAACUUUCAUUAACAAUUCAAAUGCAGCUGAAAUAAUACCAGUUGUUCAAGAAACGCCAGCUGUUAUAGCACUAACUAGCACCGAUACAGCGACUGCUAUGAAGAACCAACGCAGAAAGAAAAAAACGAUUGCUGCGAAUAUAAAAAAAUCAUCAUAUAAGAAAGUAAAACCCAUUAACGAUGUUGUUAGUGUCAUUGGAGUAAAAGGCGAGCAUUUCCAACAAUCAUCAAACAUUAAAAAUGUAACAAAGUCAAUAAAGAUAGCAGCUAAAAUUUUAAAACGAAAACCUUGA